AUGGACCACCGUUCUCUUCGCUUCUUGUGUGUCUUGGUUUUGGUGUCUGUGACAGCUGCACAGGAGCCGAAUGUGACCCGGUGCACGAGCGGCGCGGCUAACAUCACCACGGGCAUCGCGUUCCAUGUCCAGGUGUGCAACCUCUUCGGCGGUACCUGCUACAUCAACCACCCCAACAUCCAAGAUUGCGCUACCGAGUCGCUCGAAAUCUCGGCGGGGGAGUGCAAGCUGUAUCCUAUCCGUGAGUAUGUUGACAACUGGGUGCGGUCCGGCGCAAGUGCAGUGGAAGAGCUAUCCACCGAAAGGGACUUGGGCUGCAGUGUCUUCAUCCAGAAUGGGAAUGCGCGGCUCUCGGGUGCCUGCGCGGCUGUGCAGUGCUCGCUGGGUGGCAGUGCAUGGGCUGGACCCGGCAUGACCGGCACCAGCCCCCCCACACGAGAGACAGGGGUGACAAAUACCGCCACGGCUUCGUGGACUAACUUCACCCUGGUGGAAAUCAGUGGCGAUGCGGAGCAGCUCAAGAAUGUGUUCCUCUACCGAACCGGCGACUAUGUUGCUACAACACGACGAACCUAUCAAUGGAACACGAACCCCACUCUCAGCAUUGGCAAGCUGCCCACGUCCAACGGAAACAACUACGGACCUGUGGCCUGCCCUGCUGGCGACACGCUGCUCAGCGCGGCCACGAUCUCUGCAUCGGACAUGAAGAUGUGCGGUGCCACUGGCAAGUGGACCUACUUCAACGCCAUCAACUUGCUGAGCGACGCAAACCUGUAUGCAACCUAUACUGGGAAUACUGCAGGCGCGAGCGUGAACAUCGCGCAAGUCCCCUUCCUUGACGGACGGAGUGGCUUCCAAUCAGGCACCAACAUGGCCAAUGCUCGUUCUGUGAUGCUUCACUCAGGCGAUGCUGCAUCCAGUGCGGUGCUCCUCACGAGCGGGACGAUUACGCCGCAGGUUGACUUUACAGGUGAAGUCGCUGGCACGUGGCGCAGCUAUGGUGUGGUCUUCUACUGUGACGACUAUACUCGCACGGACCUGACCACCUGUGCCGAGGCAAAUCGCAAGAUGCUGUACGUUGCGGAUCCCAACCCAGAGGAACAGUAUGGCACGACUGCAAGCAUGAGCGGCACCGGACAGGACACGCUGCCGGAUGGUUCGACGUCCGGUGGCCUUCGAGCGUUGGCUGGAGCUCUGAGCUUCGGAAUCUUCGCUCGUUUUAUCCUCUGA